AUGCUCAACUUAUAUUUUCUAUUCGUAACGGUAUUAGUAGCGCUAGCAAAUUAUACCCCCUUCGAUUACCAAAAUACGUGCAUGAUUAGCAAGAGCUGUCGAAAAAACUCAUGCGGAAUUAUCUCUCGCGUGCUAAGUGGAAUUCAUGUAAACAAAACGAGUGCUAGGGCCAAGGCGCUGAUCAGCCUAUCCUCACUGAUUUACCAACUGCAGUUACCAAAACUUGUCAGCCUUGACUUGUUUCGAAGGGAUCUGUUUACAGGUGUCAAGCAGAAGGGGAAGAGGUCGCCUGUACCCUCGUAUAUCAUCCAAAACAGAUUGAUGAGUGAGAAUAUCGAUAGUGGCAGCACCAAUAUGAGCGUAACAGCAAACCAAGAUAAGAAGAGACCCGGAACAGGGGACGGAUCCGAAGGUAACAACCAAGGUGGUAGUAGCACAUCUGCAACGGACAAGCGCUUUAAGGAAAUGGACAAGAACGAAGAAUCCUCCAACGUAUCGGGCUCUACCAACGCUACAUUGACCAAUGGAACGAAUUCCACCACGGACGGAGGUGAAAAUAACAAUAAUGGAAGCGGAAACCAAGGAAAGAAUGAACCCACAAUACAUUACAGAAAGGAUUACAAACCAAGUGGAUUUGUCAUCGACAACGUGACGCUGAAUAUCAACAUAUUUGACAAUGAAACGUCUGUGAGGUCCACUUUGGAUAUGAAACUCAGCGAACAUUACAGAGGAGAAGAUCUUAUAUUCGAUGGUGUCAGCUUAGAAAUUAAAGAAAUAUCGAUUGACGGUAAUAAGUUGAAGGAAGGAGAACACUACAAGUAUGAUAAUGAAUUUUUGACCAUCUAUUCGAAGUUUAUUCCAAAGGGGAAGUUCACUUUCGGAUCUGAAGUUAUCAUCCAUCCCGAAACGAAUUAUGCCUUGACUGGUUUAUACAAAUCGAAAAAUAUUAUAGUGUCGCAAUGUGAAGCUACUGGAUUCCGAAGAAUCACCUUCUUCAUUGACAGACCAGACAUGAUGGCUAAGUACGACGUAACGGUUACAGCAGAUAAGGAGAAGUAUCCUGUACUUUUAAGCAAUGGUGAUAAGUUAAACGAGUUUGAUAUUCCAGGAGGAAGACAUGGAGCAAGGUUUAACGAUCCACAUUUGAAGCCAUGUUACCUUUUCGCUGUAGUAGCUGGAGAUUUAAAACACCUAAGUGAUAAUUACGUCACCAAGUUUUCCAAAAAAAAGGUAGAAUUGUAUGUAUUCAGUGAAGAGAAAUAUGUUUCGAAAUUGAAAUGGGCUUUAGAAUGUCUAAAGAAAGCUAUGAAAUUUGAUGAAGAUUAUUUUGGACUAGAGUACGAUUUAUCUCGACUGAACCUCGUAGCUGUAUCUGACUUCAAUGUGGGUGCUAUGGAAAACAAAGGUCUCAACAUUUUUAACGCGAACUCAUUGUUAGCAUCUAAAAAGAAAUCUAUAGAUUUUUCAUUCGAAAGAAUUUUAACCGUUGUUGGUCACGAAUAUUUCCACAACUAUACCGGAAAUAGAGUUACUCUAAGAGAUUGGUUUCAGCUAACUCUUAAGGAAGGAUUGACUGUACAUAGGGAAAACCUUUUCUCCGAACAGACCACCAAAACGGCUACCUUCCGUUUAGAUCACGUAGAUAUACUAAGAAGUGUCCAAUUUUUGGAAGACUCAUCCCCAUUGGCACACCCCAUUAGACCCGAAUCGUAUGUCAGCAUGGAAAACUUCUACACCACGACUGUCUAUGAUAAAGGAAGUGAAGUGAUGAGAAUGUACCAAACCAUUUUAGGAGAUGAGUAUUACAAGAAGGGUAUGGAUAUAUACAUUAAGAAAAAUGACGGAGGUACAGCUACCUGUGAAGACUUCAACGAUGCAAUGAAUGAGGCGUAUAAACUAAAAAAAGGAGACAAAACAGCCAAUUUAGAUCAGUACUUGUUAUGGUUCUCACAAAGUGGAACUCCACAUGUAACUGCAGAAUAUUCCUACGAUGCGGGUAAGAAAGAAUUCGUAAUUGAAGUUACACAGGUAACCAACCCGGAUCCAAACCAAAAGGAAAAGAAGGCUCUCUUUAUUCCCAUUCGAGUUGGUUUCAUUAAUCCACACAAUGGACAAGACGUCAUUCCAGAAGUAACCUUAGAAUUUAAGAAAGACAAAGAAAAAUUUGUUUUUAACAAUGUAAAUGAAAAACCGAUCCCAUCCCUAUUCAGAGGAUUUAGCGCACCUGUUUAUAUUAAGGACAACUUAACCGACGCAGAAAGGAUCCUACUCCUUAAGUACGACACAGAUGCAUUUGUACGAUAUAACGUAUGUGUAGAUCUUUACAUGAAGCAAAUUCUAAUGAAUUACCAAGAGUUGUUAAAGGCCAAAACAGAAAACAAACAGGAGUCUGACGAAAAACCAAGCUUAACUCCCGUAAGUGAAGACUUCAUUAAUGCCAUAAAAUACCUGAUGGAAGAUCCUCAUGCCGAUGCUGGUUUCAAAUCGUACAUUAUAACUCUCCCAAGGGAUAGAUUCAUUAUAAACUAUAUUAAGAAUGUAGACACAGAUGUGUUGGCAGAUACAAAAGAUUUUAUUUACAAACAGUUGGGUGACAAGCUCAAUGAUCUAUACUUUCAGAUAUUUAAGUCUAUUCAAGCUAAGGCAGACGACAUGACACACUUCGAAGAUGAGUCUUACGUCGAUUUUGAGCAAUUGAAUAUGAGAAAAUUAAGGAACACCUUAUUGACCCUAUUAAGUAGAGCUAAAUACCCAAAUAUGUUGGACCAAAUUAUGGAACACUCCAAAUCGCCUUAUCCUUCCAAUUGGCUAGCCAGCUUAGCUGUAUCAGCAUACUACGACAAAUAUUUCGACCUAUACGAAAUGACAUACAACCAAUCCAAGGAUGAUGAGUUGCUACUUCAAGAAUGGUUAAAGACUGUUUCAAGAUCGGACAGAAAAGAUAUUUACGACAUUAUUAAGAAACUAGAAACUGAAGUACUAAAGGAUAGUAAGAAUCCAAAUGAAAUCAGAGCUGUGUACCUUCCAUUCACUUACAAUUUAAGAUACUUCAAUGAUAUUUCUGGUAAGGGAUACAAAAUGAUGGCAGAUAUUAUUAUGAAGGUUGAUAAAUUUAAUCCCAUGUUAGCCACGCAACUGUGCGACCCAUUCAAAUUGUGGAACAAGCUUGACCAGAAACGACAGGACAUGAUGCUCAACGAAAUGAACCGAAUGCUCUCCAUGGAAAACAUCUCCAACAAUUUGAAG